GGAAGUUUUCAGAUCAGAGACAUGACUCCCGGAAAUCGACGUUUUCAGGCAACAAGAGAGUCGCCUUCUUGAACCCAAGGGUCCUUUUGAGACAGGAAGUGGCCUCACUGCGCAUGCUCCUUCCUUUUCAGCGCCUGAGCCUGCCGUUGCCGCCACGAUGUUGAUGCCUAAGAAAAACCGUAUUGCUAUCUACGAGCUCCUUUUUAAGGAGGGAGUGAUGGUGGCUAAGAAGGAUGUUCACAUGCCUAAGCACCCAGAGCUGGCAGACAAGAAUGUGCCUAAUCUCCAUGUCAUGAAAGCAAUGCAGUCGCUGAAAUCCCGUGGCUAUGUGAAAGAGCAGUUUGCAUGGAGGCAUUUCUACUGGUAUUUGACUAAUGAAGGCAUCCAGUACCUGCGGGAUUAUCUUCAUCUGCCCCCUGAAAUUGUGCCUGCCACCUUGCGCCGCAGCCGUCCUGAAACUGGGAGACCUCGGCCGAAAGGACUGGAGGGUGAGCGUCCUGCUCGCCUUACCCGGGGAGAGACUGACAGGGAUACCUACAGACGUAGUGCUGCUCCUCCUGGUGCUGACAAGAAGGCUGAGGCUGGUGCUGGUGCAGCUACUGAAUUUCAAUUUAGAGGUGGAUUUGGGCGUGGACGUGGUCAGCCGCCUCAGUAGAACUCUGUUGCUGUUGGGUUGUGUCUUGUGUAUAAUAAAUAGGUGAAAACAUCA